AAAAAGAGCUGCUCAUACAUAGAGAGAGAGAAAGAGAGAGGGAGGAGAGGAUUCUUCAUUCCUGGCCAAGAGUAUGGCUCAAACUUGCAGCUCCGCAGGGUGGAUAUGGGUCUCUGUGAUGCUUCUUCUUGCUCAUUUCACCUCCACUGCAUCCGUCGAAGACGGUAUGUAUUCUCUGUUUCUUCUUCUGUUUCCCUCCUUUUGCAACUUCAUUGUUUUUUGGGGGCCUUUUAAAGGGUUGGGCUCUUUAACUUUUGUAUAGUUUUUAUUUAAGAGUUUCUAUAUUGUAAAUUUGUAAUUUCACAUGGUAGAUAAUGCAGCAGUUAACGGCGAUUUCGAAGAAGGCGCCUGGUUGUUCAGAAACACUUCCCUUGGCGUACUGCUUCCGACGAACCUCGACGAGGAAAUAUCUCCGUUGCCGGGAUGGAAUGUGGAAUCGAACCGGGCAGUUCGUUACAUUGACUCGUACCAUUUUUCAGUUCCCGGAGGGAAACGCGCCGUGGAAUUGCUCUCGGGGAAAGAAGGCAUAAUUUCGCAAAUGGUGGAAACCGUGCCUAACAAAGAAUACCGCUUGACUUUCAAUUUGGGGGAGGCUGGGGAUAAAUGCAAGCAGCCACUCGCCGUCAUGGCCCACGCCGGAGAUCAGGCGCAGAGUAUCCACUACACGCCGGAUUCCAACUCCACCUUCCACACCGCCAACCUGAAUUUCACGGCUAAGGCGGAUAGAACAAGAAUCGCGUUCUUCAGCGUGUAUUACAACACGAGGUCUGAUGAUAUGAGCUCGUUGUGUGGGCCGGUGUUGGAUGAUGUGAGGGUUUGGUAUUCGGGUUGUGGUAGAAUUGGGUUCGGUGGACUGGGACUUGGGCUUGCUUUUUGGGUGUUUGUGUGGCUUUUGGUUUAGAGGUUGGGCAAACUUGGGCUAGAAUAGUGUGGUGGCUCAACUGGUUCGCUUGGUGUUUGGUGGUGUAAGAUAUGGGAAGUGUUGGGAAAAGCUACAAUCCCACGUCUAAGUUGUA